AUGGAGAACCGCGCGAUGGAGUUGUUUCGGGUCAGCGUUUCUCGCAGUGCGACGAACACCUCGCUUGCUGCAUCCGCCGUGGCGCAGUCCUCGUUUAGAGUGACCUCCGCCUCGCCGGGUUCCAGCCCGCUGGCGCUUGGCCUCGAGGCCGAGGAGAAUUCGGCGGAGCGGAUGCCUUCGCCGGGUCUGCGCGGCGCGGCACUUCUGCAGGAGGCUGAACAACAACCAAAACAACAACCCCGGCAGCAGCUGGGUGAGCCGUUCGCGCGAACCACACUCACGUCUCCAGCGUUGAGUUUGCGGGCUGACUCACCGUCGUUCGUGAGGUCUCUCCUGCAGUCCCCGCCGCGCGUCCGUCCCACCAGCGAACUUCUGCCGACAAGAGCUGCGAUGGACGUGCCACGGAGUGCGCCUAUGUUUGUACAUGCUGAGGAGGAUGUGCCCCACGCGGCUCAUGCUUGCUUGUCAGAAUCAACGGCUCAACCACAGAGUUCAGUAGCGUCGCCGAAGCUUGGUAACCCCACACACGGAGACUCGACGACAUUCAACGUCCCCGGCUCUGUGCCCUCCGCCGCGACAGUGAGGUCUGAGGAGAAGGCGGCGCGCAGCACCACCUGCCACGUGUGCCCCUUGUGCGGCAUCUCCGUGGUGCUGGUGGGGACCUUUGUGGAGCACCAGCUUCAGUGGAACGAGCACGUGGCCUCCUGGAUGCAUCAAAGGAACCUGCAGUUGCGAGCUGCGGCUCAGCGCAAGGGCCGCGGCCCUGUGGAGAGCGCGACUUGGGCUUUGACCCCGCCGCUUUCCUCAGGGCUGCUGCACACAACGGGGGACAUUUCAGCCUCGCCGGUGUUGCUGCAGCCAGAGGACACGUCCCCCGGGGCCAUCUCCCUGCUGCGUGCGAUGGCGUUUCCGACGAGGGCGGAGGGGGUCAAAGCCGAGGCGUUCGCCCCCUCGCCGGAGCACGCGGGACGGGAGACGGUGUCGUUUAUCACCUCUCCCCCCCAUGUGCACAAGAAGCUCUUUGUCGCGGGAAACUCUGCGAGCGCCUCAGAAAACAACAACAGUGGUGAGGAGCACAUGGAGGGCUGCCACACCGAAGACGCCCCCGCUCCCUUUUGGACGGAGGGCAACCCACGCCGCAAGGCGCUGCCGCGGGAGAUGUCUAGCGGUGCACCGCCACCGGCAGAGCAGAGAAGUGGCGGUGCCCCGAGCAACGACGGAAGCUCCUCGCGAGCAGCGGCAGCGCAAGAAGCCGACCAUGUCGCCUCUUCGGAAGUUUCUGAAAGCGCCUCGCUGCGGGAGGAGCUUGCCAGGAGGAAGGAGCGUCAGUUGGAGCGCACACUCGCGGCGUUUCUUAUGAAGAGGGAAGGCCAACAGCUGCUUGACUGCUUUCGCCGCUGGUUCAACCUCAUGUUUGUGCGGACGGUAAACGGUUCAUCCCUCCUGCAUGGCUCCCCCCCAACACGCGGGCCCGCGGCAAAUGCGGCUGCAGCUUCAGACUCGGCGGGGAUCAGAAGCGGGAAGGAGGUUUCAUUGCUUGGCUGCAAUGCCGCUGAGGAGCAGCGGGAAGAGACUUCUGCGCGUGCCACCUCAUCACACCCGGGUCACGAACCCAAAUGGGACAAGCAAACGCGGGACAAAAGGACGACUGGCGAUGGAGGACGCGAAGGCGCCUUCAUGGCAUCACAAUUUAAGGAUUUUGCCCACGUCCUGGGCAGCUCUUCCUCAAGCAGCGUGGAGGUGGAGGUGGCGAAGACGGAUGUGAGCUGGCACAUUCAACGCUCCGUGCGACAGCCCCACCACGGCGGGGAGGGCGACAGUGAUGGAGCCUCGCCGUCCGGCUCCCUGGAGAGUGACACCAGCAUUCAGGAGAUGCUGUCCUCGCUGACACCGCGCUUACAGGAGCGCGUGCGGACCGUGCUGCGGGGUGAGCCUAGGCGGUCGCGUGCGUUCCCCAAGACCUCAAAGGCUUUAAGCAGUAUGCGGUGCUCCUUACCGGUCCAAGUGCCGUCUCCCACUGGGCCGUCGCUCUUGGUCAGCGGCGGGGACAGCCGAGGUGCCCCCUCCUCCCCGACGGCGCAGGCUGCACAGAGCGGUUUGGAGGACGUGAUGCAAGGGAGAAGCGAGUCAAGGUUAGGAGCUUCCUCGCUGUCCUCGACCCGUACGGGGCCCUGCCAACGAUGCGGCGCAGAGGGAGAUAUCAAGCUGGAGUCGUAUCUCACCCAGGGCUUGCACACUGCUACAGAGGUCGAUGAGGCGGGAAUGCAGGGCAUUCCCGCUGCCAUGGGUGUGGCGACUAGAAAUGUUUCACCUCCGCCUGCAGAACCGGCCGCAGUGCCUUGGUUGCGGCAGGGGGACCCGCUGGGUCGCUCCUCUGGGGACACCGUCUCUGCCGGGGUGCGGGAUUCCCCGCUGCGGUCGCACAGCCGGAGCUCGUUGGAGGGGCACCCGAAAUCGCCCUCCAAGCGGGAGGCGUUGGCUUCGUCCCCGUCGCGGCGACGUGACUGGCCCGCCCAAGGCGCGGAGGAAACAGCGGAUCUGGCUGCGCGUGAGAGUUGCGCUCCUCAGCCUUUUCUCUUGCAUCAGCGCCGGAGCGGGCGGAGGAGCAGCAGAAGCUCUUCGCGGCCCCAGGCGAGGCGGGAGGAGGCGCUUCUGAGGCGGGGCAGGGCGGAGGAGACGUUUAGGGGCAUCCCGGGGGAGUACUACUGCUACUACAACGCCGCCUACCAUCGCGUGCUGGAUCCGACCGCCGAGGUGUAUUACGAUGCACGGGGCAGGCGACUGCCGUUUUUUGUCGUGCGGCGCUCUUCCUCGGCGACGACGUCGCCGACACGUUGGCCGACUGCGACGACGCAUCCGCAGAGUCCGCUUGGGCCGGGGCGCCUGAAUCCAUACUGUUCCGUCUGUGUGGGGCGCUAUUGUCUUGUUCUCGUGGAUGAGCACAUGCAGCCGGUGGCCGUCCCGCCAAGCCGCCAACGAGGGGCGUUCGGCAACGGCGACGAGGCACACGGCGCUGUCUGCCCUGGCAGAAGCGCACGGUCUCCAACUCCUCGAGGGGCGCGAAAUCCACUGCUCCCGAGGACUCCCCGUCCGUUGCCGCGGCGCACUGUUUCACGGGGGCGGCAGGACAGCCCUGCUUCGUCACAGCUGGCCUCCCGUUGCGCACCAGCGACAGGCAAUAACUUUGCUGCGGCGACAGUUAGCGAGCAUGCAUCUGUGAGACCAAACCCUGCGAGUGACGCCCCGCUCAGUGGUUCCGGCGCACGUGAUGAGACCCAACAGGAAUCCGUGCCGGAGGAGGCGAAGUGGCUACGACGACAGGAGAGACGCUUGCGCCGGCGGGUGAAAUCGCUGCUCUGGCGAGAACUACCGCAGUGUCGCGGAAGCCAACAGUGGGUGGAGUACCUCACAUCCCUGAAGGAGACUAUAAAAAUCUUAGAGGCGUUGCGUUCUGGGGCCGAUGUCCACUAG